GGCGGUUGCCUUAGAGGAGCCCUCUGGCUGUGUGCGUCCUAGGAGCCGCCGCCGCCGGAGCUGCGGACGGUUUCUCUCAGCCCGUUAGUGCGCCCGGCCGAGACUUCACGCCGCCGGCAUGUCGCGCUACUUGCGUCCCCCGAACACGUCUCUGUUCGUCAGGAAUGUGGCGGACGACACCAGGUCUGAAGAUUUGCGGCGUGAAUUUGGUCGUUAUGGUCCUAUAGUUGAUGUGUAUGUUCCACUUGAUUUCUACACUCGACGUCCAAGAGGAUUUGCUUAUGUUCAAUUUGAGGAUGUUCGUGAUGCUGAAGAUGCUUUACAUAAUUUGGACAGAAAGUGGAUUUGUGGACGUCAAAUUGAAAUACAAUUUGCACAGGGAGAUCGGAAGACACCAAAUCAAAUGAAAGCCAAGGAAGGGAGGAAUGUGUACAGCUCUUCACGUUAUGAUGACUAUGACAGAUACAGACGUUCUAGAAGCCGAAGUUAUGAGCGGAGGAGAUCAAGAAGUCGGUCUUUUGAUUACAACUAUAGAAGAUCUUACAGUCCUAGAAACAGUAGACCGACUGGAAGACCACGGCGUAGCAGAAGCCAUUCCGACAAUGAUAGAUUCAAACACCGAAAUCGAUCUUUUUCAAGAUCUAAAUCCAAUUCAAGAUCACGGUCCAAGUCCCAGCCCAAGAAAGAAAUGAAGGCUAAAUCUCGUUCUAGACCAAACUGCAGCUGGAAUACCCAGUACAGUUCUGCUUACUACACUUCAAGAAAGAUCUGAAAGCGGAAAAAGAACCAAAGAAGGGCAGUUCAAGCGACCAAAGGGUGGGUGGAAGGUGCUGCAGUAUGAAUACUGUACGAAUAUUUUGACUCUGGUCUGAAAAGAUAAAAGAAUUAUCGAAACUACAUGGAAUAAUUGAAGUCCCUUCAAGUUUGAAAGUAAGCAUUUUAGGACAAAUAAAAGGCAAUUCGAUUUUGUACUUAUGGAAAUCAGUCCCUAAAUAUGAACAGGUUUAUAUUGAUUCAUAAGUUAUUGGACUCUAGGAUGUCUGAACAUGGAGGAAGACAGCCACAGUCUCCUAUGGUGCCUCUAUUGGUCUGUCUUAACCUGAAUUGAGUGGGGGGGGGAGUAUGGUCCAAUAUAAACUUUUCUUGGUUGUUUCUUAAAACUCAGUUCCAUUUAUGGCAAGUCUUGCCUUGUUUAUUCUGAUGCCAGUAUUUUCUGCUAAAAAAUGCUUUGUGUUGGCAUCUGAGUUUAUUUACUUGUAUAUCACAUGCAGUUUACAUCUUUAACCACUGUUUCCCAGGUAAAUCCCAAUUAUACUUGACAUCUGGCUGAAAGGGCCUGUCUCUAAGCACCUCUUCCUAGUCAGUGUGUUCAGUGAGUAUUUAAUGUGUCCUUAGUGUGGACAAAACAUUUUACUGGAUAAUUAAGGAGAAUGGAUAAUAAAGGUCUACUGAGCACAAAAAUCUAGUGAAUCAUUACCAUGUGCCUCAGGGUUCUGGGGUGUCAUUUUACACCAUACCCUCAUGUAAUUGUACAACCCAAUAUUAUAUCAAAGAUAAGUAAUUUUAUGGUUAUCUGCCAUCUAAAAGUAUCCAGUAUUCCUCUUGUUUGCAUCCCAUUAAUAAUGAAAAAGAUUUAAUCUGUAAUUCAUUUACUGUGCAGUGGCUGUAUAUAUUAUAUUGUUAAACUCUGUCUCAAACAUACAAGAAAAUAAUUCUCAAAAUGAGUAACUGCAUUAGACAUAAAGGAGACCCUGGGUGCUAUAUUUAAAUUAUUUGGGGGCAGACAGAUAUUACUCCAACUGAUUUAGUAUAUUCUGUAAUGGAGAAAUUGUUCACAAAUACUUUCUAGUGAUUCACAUGUACAUUUUAUAGGGGACACAACUGUAUAGUGAAUAAAUAACUUUUAUAGUGUCACAAAACUUUGGAUUCCUAAGUUUCUUAUUAGGCUAUAAAGUUUUGUCAUACAUUGAUCCCAUCACAUUUGAUUUUGUUGUAUUUUACCACGUAUUUAAAAACUUGUGAGUUCAUUUAAAAUCUGGAAAUGGAGUGUAAACCUCUACAACAGUUUUGAAAAACAUAAAUAUGCACAUCACUGAAGAUACAACAUGGAGAUCCAUUUUUAAAAAUUUAGUCCGUCAAAUAGAGUCCACAAAUUGUAACUUGGUUCAAUCAGGUUGGAAAAUGGCUAUACCUUUAUUUUCAAGGAGAUACUACAAAUUGAUAUCUAGAGUUUAGUAAAGCAGAAUUAAUAGAAUUACAAAAUGUAUUUUAUACGUUUACAUUGAAUUCGUGGUUCUUAAAGGUAGAGGGGGUUUUAUUUUUUUUAAUGUGUGUUUAUAUUUUGUCCUCUAUCCCUUACUUUUGAAGUUAAAAUAUUCCAGGGGGGGGGUAGUUAAAGUUACAUAUUUGGUUGGUUGAGAUUUUUUUUAAGACGGUGAACAUAGUUUUUCGUUUUAGUAUUUGGGGCUGUUGUUUUUGGGGGGGGUUGGCUAAAUAUUAUUCCUAACAGUAAUACUUGACAAUUCUCUGCAACUUUUAAAUGUGGUAAAUCAGACAGGACCUAUGUUUUUGGCAGCUGUUAAGUUACAAUGAAUUGUCUACCUUUUGUGGUUUCCAUGUACGUUAAAAGCUGUUGUUACUAAGCACCUGCCAGGCACGUGCCACACCUAAAGCUGCUCACAUAUUCCUACUUAACACUCCUGAGCAAUGGGUGCUAUUUCCACGUAUAAGAAAGUGGUCCUUCAUGGAAUACCUACCAUGUGACAAGCUUUUUGAAUAUACUUGUUCCAUUCCUCAGUACUUGUUAAACAACAGGUUGCUUUUAGGAUGAGAAAAAUAAGGUGGAAUCCAAGAUCUCCCAAGUUGUUGGGACUCAGUAUUUUAACCAUCUUUCCAAAUUUAAAUUUCUAUAAUUUUCAUGGUAGUAUUUGACCAUGUUCCUGUUAGUCUCAAAAUUAUAUCUUGGCAUGGGAAGGCUGAGAUUGAGCAGUAGUUGGGACUCUUUAAGAGGAUCAUGAGGAUUUAGGAGCCACAGGAGUGAAAUGUUCUUUAUUUUUACGGUGAUAACUGGAUAAAUAGGUGAUAUAAGCAACUUGUUUACUUCAGCUGUUAACAUCUAUAAGCUAUCCUAGUAGUCAUGGAAAACGACUCCUUGGGUCUUUUCCUCUGCCUUCUCUAAGUGUUGGUUAUUAUGACGUGUGUGUGUAAAGCUGUUUCAUUCCCUUUUUAGAAAAAAAAGGGAUGCAUGUAAAUUAAUUUGACAGUAGUUUGUAAAGUAAGAGGCCUUUGUAAUCUAGUUUUCUGCAGAUCAAUUUUUUUUGAAUGCUGGAGAAAAAAUAAACUGGUCUAGGAGCAAAACAAAAAUCUUGGUUUUCUUUAGAUUUUGCUCUCUCAAAGAUGUGUCUACCCUGGUAGACUUUCUCCUUAUUUGUGUAAGAGGCUUUAGAUGUGGAUUUGUUAUUUAAGUUGCCUAGAAGAGCCAGGUGCUGAUAGCUCAGGCCUG